GAGCCGGUAGUUGUUGACCUGGUCCCAAAGGAGGUUCCGCGUCGUUAGAAUCUUCCCUUUGACCGGCGCGAGCUGUUGGAGGACGCGGAGUUUCGACUUCCACAGAACUCUUUGCCGAGAGCGGAGUGCUGUGGGACUCCAAAGCUUCCAUGCGUCCCCUUUUACAACCACGUAAAACUGUUCGCCUGCAGCGGGAAGACAAUGGGUUUGUAUCGCCUCGCCUGGCUUCUGAAACUAUGAGUCCCCCGCAAGGAAAAUACGUCCAGUGGCUGACCCUUGGCUGGAAAGCACCCUUGCCUUUUGUUCCUCCCAGGCGAGAGAGGGAGAGAGAGAGAGCCGCCUCCCACGGGGCAGGCAGAGGAAUUCAAACCCCUCCCCUGCCCUGCCAACCCCUCCCCUGCCCUGCCAACCCCUCCCCUGCCCUGCCUUCCCCGCCUCGCUCCGUCCGGCACUUCUGGGACGGAGCGAAAGUACAAAGCCGGGGCAGGCGCACCAUCGGGGCUCCCUUCUCGACUCGACGGGUUCCUUCCUAGACCGGGGUCCUGCCUGCCUGCCGUCUGUCCGUCCAUCCCGGCGCCGGAGUUUGAACUGGGCGAGCGAGCGCUUUCCACGAAGCCGGACGCUGCUUCGCCAGGAAACUUCGAGGGGAGGGACCGGACGGGACUGGACUGGAUAAGGAAGCUGGUCGCGGGCGCAGAUCCGCUCUUGGAGCCCCUCGGGCUGGUUUUGGAGAAGAACAGGCAAGACUCCAGAGGGAUCGCUUGGGGGCUGGGGAGCAGGAUUCCGUCCUUCAGAUCGCCUUGGCGGGUUCGAGGGGGCCACCAUCGUUAGUUCCCCUCCCGCUUGGGAGGAAAUCAGCUGUAGGGAGCGGCCCCUUGUUCUCUGUGGGAGAGACUAGACGGGGCGGACUGCCUUCCUCUGCUGGUGGAGGCCAUGGAGAGUCCUUGUUCCCCUGACUGGUAAAAGGAGUGGAUCCUGACAGGAAGGGGCUUUGGGAGACAGAAGUGCUGGCCCCACUUCCCUGCCAAACGUCCCUCGGGGUCCCUGGAUGGUCACCAUCCUAUCAGACGGAACCCAAAGUUGCAAGGAAGGCGAUGCUAGUGACUUAGAUGUGUUGGGUCCUGCACCAAUGAGGCCCAGAGGACCCCAUGGAGCCCCUGAAAAGCGUGUUCCGGAAGGGGCCGCUCAUGGCCUGGGGGUCAGGGUCACGGGGUGGGGGCACCACCGCCUACGCCAACGCGGUCUGGACGGCCUUGUUUGACUAUGAGGCUGCCAGCAGCGAUGAACUCACCCUGCGCAAAGGCGACUUGGUGGAGGUACUUUCGUGGGACGCAGCUAUCUCCGGGGAUGAAGGCUGGUGGGCUGGCAAGGUGAAUGACCAAGUGGGCAUCUUCCCUUCCAAUUACGUAUUGCCCAAGACGGGGGGCUACUCAGGCCCUGACGGCCCUCCUGAGGCUGACUUCCGCGACCUGAGGCUACAGGAAGUGAUUGGGGUCGGCGGCUUUGGAAAGGUCUACCGUGGCAGCUGGAGGGGGGAGUUGGUGGCUGUCAAGGCAGCCCGUCAGGAUCCAGAUGAGGACAUCAGCACCACGGCGGAGCGGGUGCAGCAAGAGGCGCGCCUCUUUGCCAUGCUGCGGCACCCCAACAUCAUCGUCCUCAAGGCCGUCUGUCUGCGGGAGCCCAAUUUGUGUUUGGUGAUGGAAUAUGCCGCUGGGGGCCCACUCAGCCGGAUGCUAGCAGGACGCAGGAUCCCACCUCACAUCCUCAUCAACUGGGCCGUGCAAAUCGCUCAGGGGAUGCAGUACCUGCACUGUGAAGCCAUUGUGCCCGUCAUCCAUCGUGACCUGAAAUCCAACAACAUUCUGCUGGCUGAAUAUGUGGGCGACGGAGACGUGAGCGGGAAGACGCUGAAGAUCACAGACUUUGGGCUGGCCCGUGAGUGGCACAAGACGACGAAGAUGAGCACAGCGGGCACCUACGCCUGGAUGGCACCAGAAGUCAUCAAAAGCUCCACCUUCUCCCGGGGCAGCGACGUCUGGAGCUAUGGCGUACUUCUUUGGGAGCUUCUCACUGGCGAGGUUCCAUACCGGGGCAUCGAUGGCCUCGCCGUGGCCUAUGGCGUUGCUGUAAACAAGCUGACGCUUCCUAUCCCGUCUACGUGUCCGGAACCCUUUGCGCGUCUCAUGGCAGAGUGCUGGGAGCAAGAUCCCCAUCGGCGUCCUAGCUUUGCAUCCAUCCUGUCCCAGCUGACGGUGCUGGAGGCUCAGGUUCUGCACGACAUGCCCCAGGAGUCCUUCCACUCCAUGCAGGAUGACUGGAAAGUCGAGAUCCAGGACAUGUUUGAUGAGCUGCGGGCAAAGGAGAAGGAGCUGCUGAGCCGUGAGGAGGAGCUGAAGCAGGCGGCCCUGAAGCAGAAGUCUCAGGAGGAAUUCCUGAGGCAGAGAGAGCACGAGUUGGCCCAGUGGGAGCAGGAGGUCUUUGAGCGGGAGCUGAGCCUCCUCAUCCAGCAGAUGAACCGGGAGCGCCCCCACGUCAAGAAGCGGAAGGGGACCUUCAAGAGGAACAAGCUGAAAGGAAGGGACAGCGAGCACAUCAGCAUGCCCCUCGAUUUUAAGCACCGCAUCACAGUCCAAGCUUCUCCUGGGCUGGACAAAAGGAAGGACUUCUUUGAGGUUGGGGCAGGUGGCUCUCCUACCUUCCCACGAUUCCGAGCUAUCCAGUUGGAGCCGAGUGAGAAUAAUCAGAACUGGGGGCGCCAGUCACCACGUCGAGGGGACGAGACUUGGAAUGGCCGUACAAAGAGCCCCAGUUCCCCCAAACCGUGGGAGAACAGUACCCAGAAUGGCCGGAGGAGGUCACGGCUGGAAGAAACCACGUGGUACAUGGAGCCAGAGGUCCUGCCCGUUCCUGCACAGACACAGCCCCAGCCCAGCCCAAACGGCAACAUCCCAGUCAACUCCCUGGAAACCGAGGACCCAGCCCCGGAACGUCCCAGCGCUCCCCGACUCAUCCAGCGGGCCCUGCUCCGGGGAACAGCCUUGCUUGCUUCUCUCGGCUUGGGUCGAGAGCUGCCAUCCGCCCUUCAGGAGCCCCCGCCAACCUCGCCGCCCCAAGAGUCCACCCCCAGCGUCCAGGUGGAGCUGUGCAAGGAGGACCCUCCCACCGAUCUUCUCGUCGAUUUGGCCUUGGGGGGCGACAGAGGGGCCUUGCCUCCUCUCUGGGCCCAGAUGUCACCCAAGAUCCCAAGGCUGGUGGAAGGGCGUGGCAACAAAACCCAGAAAUGGGACGGUGCUCUCCCAUCUCCCUCCUCCCCGCGCAGCCCCCGGUCCCCACGCCCCUCCCCGCAUGCCAGCCUCAUCUCCCGGCCCCGCCCUUCUCCUGUCCGCAGCCGCAUCGACCCCUGGAGCUUUGUCUCGUCUGGAGCCCGCUGCUCCCCGCUCCAGUCCCCCCGCCUGGGGCCGCGCCAGUUUAAGCCACCGGGUCCUGAGAGCACCAAUCCUUUUGUGACGCCCAGUCCCGAUCCGUUUGCCUGUGGGGACUUCUCAGCCCUGAGGGAGCCGACGGCGCCUAAGGCCCCGGACCCCUUUCUCGUCGCAUCCAGACUGGCAGCCCCAAGGCAGCUCAGCCCUUCUUCGUCGCCAUCCCGGACCGGCAGGCGGCUCCCACCCAAAGAGGACCCUCCGUGGUGGACAGCAGCUGCAUCCCCUCAAGGACGGGCAGCCCCAAAAUGACAGGGCACCUUUUUGUUCAGGAAGUUGGCUCCUUGAACUCUGAACCCCCAUGCCCAACGCUGAUUGGACAUGAGGCUGCAAGCGUGCUUGAAGACGGGGAGCGUGGACUGCUGUCAAAGGGAAAGAGGGGGCCAUUUCCACAUUUUAGCGUGGAAGGCCAGGGUGGGGGGGUCAACACACACACAAACACCCACCCCCGCCUCCUUCCCUUCCUCCUCGCCUUUCACUCACUGAGCUCCUCGACCCCCAACCCUGUUAGAAAGACGUCUCCCUUUCUCAGCCACUUCCUUCACAGAUGCCAAGCCACUUUGUGAUAGCACUGAGUGCCCCGUGAACGUGAUGAGGGGUUGUGGAUAUGGGCGUGGGGUGGGGGAGAGCGCUUUCUUGUGUCCCCCCCCUCGCGGAACAAACUCCUAACCGGUGAGGCCCACACCGCCGAGUGGCCCUUCUGUCCUCUGUCUUUGCCAGAGCAGGUUGUGGGGGGAUGUUCCCGGCCCAAGCAUUGACCAAGCACACUCACUGGCCACUGUUGCCUUCAUUGCUGACCAGUUCUCCAUCAGCCACCUGCUUUGCCGGCUCCAUCCUGCCUUUGGUGUGCCUUGGCAGCUCUCUCGGUUGAAUGCAGGGGAGAGGGGUGGAGCAGCCUUGGCUAAGCUGGAGCCCUCCAGGUGAUUUGGACUGCAGCUGGGGGCGGAUGGGAGUUGCGGCCCAAAGCACCUAGAGGGCUCCAGGUUGGCCAAGGCUGGCGCAGAGGACCAGCAAAGCACCCAAGACUCCCUCUCCUCCAUGCCCAAGGCGAGCACCCCUUCAGGAAAGGCGGACCCUCCCGGUUUGCACAAGAGGUGCGGAGGCUGCCACAGCUGUCUUGGCACAAGCAAAGCCGGGGGUGCUCAAGAGCAAGCCGCGUUGCGCAGACGUGGGAAGGGGGCAGGCCGCAGGGGGCGCACAUGAGGGACCCAUGGGGAGAGGGUACCAGGAGACGUUGCCCCGCCUGCGCCGUGUGCCGGCCUUGUGAUGUGGGCAUGCAAGAGAAAAGCAAAGAAUGUUCUACACUGUCUUGCUCUUCAUUAAAAAAAAAACCACAAACCAACCAAGACAGGUCUUCCGCCGGCUGGAUCCUGACAGCCACUAGCACUUUGUACGUGCAGUUCUACUGUGUCCGCCUCUUUCCCUCCACCCCUGGCUGCCCUACUUGAAAUUCAGAUGUGUGUGCCAGGCACCCUCGUGCCCUUCCUUCCACUACUACUCCACGGGCACGGGGUGCCACUUGUGUCAGGCCCAAGCCAACCUUGGGAUGGGCCAAGCCUGUGAAAUGAGACCAAAUAAACCUCUGAUUGCU